AUGUUCACCAAUAAUUCACAAUUUAUACACAAAAUUAGAAUCUCAAUAUCCAACGAUUUGCAUAUCACAACCAACUCAAUUAUCAAGAAUGAAAUCAUCUCCAAGCAAACUCCAAACUCAAGAGUCGGUUUAGCCAAUAUACCUACUGAAAAGAGGACUCGGUUUUACGGGGUUGCUAUUGCGGUUCUCGGCACUCCGCUCUCGCACGGGGCCCAAAAUGGCUGCUGCUCGUCGGAAAUGAAGCCGUAUCGAGGCUCAGAUUGCUGCAGUCAGAAUGAAGUCUGCUCGGCUCGGAACUCCUUGAUUUUUGGACAAGGCUGCGGCUCGUCAGGCGAGGGUCGUUGGCUUUCUUCUGCCACGGUCAGCUCUCAUCAAUGUCGGGAAUCUGGCUCUCUUAGUCCGGUGGUCAUAAGCCGCGCCUGGAACUCGCCGGAUUUCUUCAGUCGUCGGAAACUGAAGCUUUGGUCGUCGAAAACUCAAGCUCUUUGGCCUCGGGUACUCGUUUCAGCCGCGCGCAUGGAACUCGUCGGUGAGCUCUUGGUUGCUCGAUCAAAGAGUCGCUGGCCUAGGCCUGCUCGGGAAAAUGCUGGCUCUCGGAAUUUUGCUCGAGAUUUUGAGAAAUUGGGGGAAAUAAAAGGGUUUGCAUCUGUUAAUCACUCAUUCUCGUUAAAUAUUGAGAGAAAUAGGAGCUCCAUGGUCGCUGAGGGUGGAGGAUUGAUUGCCGAGAGAAAAGGAAGGUUCGUUCGGCGAAGAAGACCCGUUCUAAGCGAGAUUCGGCUCAAAUGA